GUUAGGAGGAAAGAGAGGGGGCAGGUACCAGUCUCUGAGCCCCUCCUCCAGAGAGCCACGGUGCGCCUCUGUUCCAAUGGAAACAGGUGGGAACCCCGGACUCCUCCAAUCACACCCACUCUCCAUGCAGGGGGGGGAGUCCACGGCAGGAGGCAGGACCCAACCAACUUCCACACUCGCCACAGGAAAAGUCAGGAAAACACAUCUGUCCUCGUCUAUCGCUGUAUCCGCUGGCCUGCGUGUGUUUUUAAAGCUGUUCCGGUAAAUAUUAGCGGGGCAGCGCUGGUAAAGUAAGUUGCCGCCACUUGGUCGCUGUUGAGGGCGGUGUAGUAGCGUUGCAAUGCUGGGACGGUUUGCUGCGAUGGAGAACAUGUAGCCUACUAACCGGAUUUGGAAUUGUGUUUUUUUUUUCUUGGAUUUACUCCCUGUUAAACCGAGCCGGUUUGUUUUUCCGUUGAUAUUUUCUUGGUUCUUCUGUUAUUGUGGAGUAGUGCAUACUUUGAAAAUGCCUGCAAAAACCAAGUACAACCUCGUUGAUGAUGGACAUGAUUUGAGGAUCCCGUUGCACAACGAGGAAGCAUUCCAGCAUGGGAUCAACUUCGAGGCAAAGUACAUCGGCAGUCUGGAUGUGACGCGGCCGAGCAGCCGAGUGGAGAUUGUGGCUGCGAUGAGAAGAAUACGGUAUGAGUUCAAGGUGAAAAACAUCAAGAAGAAAAAGGUCAACAUCGUGGUGUCUGUAGACGGCGUCAAAGUCGCCUUGAGGAAAAAGAAAAAAAAGAAGGAGUGGAUGUGGGAUGAGAGCAAGAUGAUGGUGAUGCAGGAUCCCAUUUACAGGAUAUUCUAUGUGUCUCAUGACUCCCAGGAUCUGAAGAUUUUCAGCUACAUCGCCAGAGACGGACAGAGUAAUGUGUUCCGCUGCAAUGUCUUCAAGUCCAAGAAGAAGAGUCAGGCCAUGCGUAUUGUUCGGACAGUGGGCCAGGCGUUCGAGGUUUGCCAUAAACUGAGUCUGCAGCACACGCAGCAGAACGCAGACGGACAAGAGGACUGCCACGGCGAAAAGAACGGCAACGACUCCUCUGUCACAGGCAUGCGUGCUCAUCCACCUGUAUGUGUGUGUACAUUCCUCGGCACAGUUCGGGAGCUAACGGGCGCGGAGAAGACGCCGACCGUCACCGAGGAGACUGACAUCGAUGCGGAGGAGGUGAGCCAGGUGUCGGCGGCAGAGGAGUCAAACCUCAACAGAGGGGUGACUGAUCUGGACGCCACAGCCAAGACAGCUGACCUGAAGAGUGCAGAGAGCAAGGCUUCAGAGGAGGCCUCUCUGCUGAUGGCCAGCCCCAGGAUGCUGCUCCCUGCAUCGGGCGCGCUGCCACCAGGCGCCCCCCUGUCUGUCCACCACCAGAUCCAGCUGCUCCAGCAGCAGCUCCAGCAGCAACAGCAGCAGACACAAGUGGCUGUGGCACAGGUCCACCUGUUGAAGGACCAGCUGAGUGCGGAGGCCACGGCUCGGCUGGAGGCCCAGGCUCGUGUCCACCAGCUGCUGCUGCAGAACAAAGACCUGCUGCAGCACAUCUCCCUGCUGGUUAAACAGAUCCAGGAGCUGGAGACCAAGAUGUCUGGACCAAACUCCAUGGGAUCCCAGGACAGUCUGUUGGAGAUCACCUUCCGGUCAACAGUACCCCCAGUGAUCUGCGACCCCACAACGCCCAAACCGGAUGUGUCCGCCCUCAACCUGCCAGCGCUGGGCUCCGCUGACGGGACCGGCAACGCCUUCUCAUCUUCCAAUGGGAGUCUGGGAAGCCCCCUAGGUAGGGACAAGUGUCUUCUCAAACUGGAGUGUUUCCGUUUCCUCCCGGGGCCUCCGCCUCCUCAGCUCCCCUCGCCUCCCCCGCUGCUCAAGGCCGACAGGCCAGAGAGCAAAGGCCAAGAGGUGUCUGAGGGCACAGCCAAGGUGUUGUCCCGUGACGCCAAAUCUCUGGGCUUCCUGGACUUCGCCGCGAGGUUUCGCGAGUCGGGUAUCUCCUCAGAGUACGAGUCGAACACAGACGACAGCGAUGACAAUGAGGAUGAGGGGGAGGACGACGAGGAGGAGCUCGAGAUCUUUGGCUGGGGGAGGGACGAGGAGACGCUGAGGCUGCUUAAUGUUCUCAACAGACAGGGAACUCCUGACUGUCUGGGAGAUGAAAUAGCGGUGUAACGCACUAACCUACCCUAACCCCCUAUAAAUAUUUUAUUUUAAAAAGUAUUUAUUUACUAUAAUUACUAUGUUGUAUUAAGUACCAGGACUGUGAGACAGUUGUGAAUCAGGGCUCCAGCUUGAGUUAAACAACCUCCUGAUCCUAAUUUUCCUCCUAAUUUGAGCGGACAUAUAAUGUACCUUACGUUUUACUCCUGUAUACCACAAUGCAACGCGGCCGUGUUUUCCAGUUGGUCACACCUGUGGAUCUAAUCUCUAAUCUAUAUGCAUACUCAUGCAUACACACUUUCUCCUUUAAAUCUUGUUUCCUUUAUUUCCUUUAGCCUUUCCUCUUUGUUACACACAUCCAUACCGCUUAUCCGUAUAUCACACACACUCCCAAAGUCUCUUCCCAGCUGUCUGUUGCUGAAUUUCAAUUUGAGAUUUGGGAGUUCUAUAGACAAAAUCAAGGAGUUUAUGUUAAAAGUCUUUUCUCCUUUCAUUCAACAGUAAGCAAUUGCAGGUUAGUCUGUCUUUACGAUGAAGAUGUGAGGAUGUGAACAUUAUAUCAAACCAAAAGUUCAGAAGAAAGCUUUCGAUUUAUCAGGAUUGUCAGUCGUGCUGGCAGGAACAAGAUGACAGGGUUCGGGACUGGAGAGACUGAUGAGCUCUGCCCGAUGAGCAAAGAUGAACACUUCAGCCGUAUCCGGGGAGGAACUUUAUUAUGGUCUCUAUGUUUGGAGAGGGAAAGUCCUUUCUUGAGCUCAUAAUUAUUCAGAGAUUAUUUUUAGACAAAAAUCUGUGUCUGUACUGUACGUACAAACUUUGUUUUCUAUGUCAUCCCACAGAACUGUAUGUUGAACUGCUCCGUCCUUGACUUCUGCAGGCAGCCCUCUUUUGUCUCCUCACAGUUUGUUGACUUGGUAGCCGGAGCAUGUUUGCACUCUUUUCACUUGUCCACACAUUUCCCCCGCUUUCAUUUUAAUUUAUGUAAAGCCAGGAUUAGUCGGACCUCGAGGAACGCUGUUUGUUUCUUGUAUUCAUCCCGUAAACAAAAACUCUUUCCCUCGAGCCAGAACAGCAGCAGCUCACGGAUGACAGCCAAAAGUGGUCUCAUUUGUUUAAACCCAGCUCUGUGUAUGGCCUCCAAGCACAAUGCAGUAUUAAAGUGUUCGUUUUGUUUCACGAGGAAA